UUUGGGAGGAUUUCAAUCAUUUUUUUCUUGAUUUUGUUCCCUAUUCUCUAUAGACUGUUGACAUCAAUCAGUCUUUUGAUGCUUGUGAGCCCUGGGUGAGUAUUUGCUUUUCAGGUAUGAAGCAGGAGCUGCUGAGAGACAUCCGGAAGGAGAUGAGGAUAGCAGCAGGGGCGCAAAAGCUGUACCUUGUCACCAAGGACAGACAGACCAAAGCCCAAGUGAAGGAGCUGAGGAACAUCAGUGAGAGGAAGGUGAAAGCCCUUUUCUCCUCUCUCCACAAGCUCAAUGUGCAGCUAGCUCAGAGGGAAGCAGAGAAUUCUCCAGAUGCAGUUCUGGAGACUACAAGGGACACCGACGUCAACUUCCCUGCACCAGAGAUCACUGCGCCUGAGGUUCAGGUCAUUUCAGACCCUGCCAGUGAUUCAUCACAAGUGAGUAUAUUACAUUGACACCAUUAAUUUCUUGGACACAAACACUGCCCUUAUCAUAUCCAUGUAAAGCCACAUUCAAUAAUUGCCUGUCUCUUGUUUGCAGCAUCAACAUGAUGAAUCAUCUGAGGAACCUG